GAUCAGAACACCCAGCAAUACAACAUGUCUUUCCGGGGCCGUGGUACGGGCGCCAAUCGUGGCGGUAGCUUUGGUGGUCGUGGUGGUCGCGGAGGCUUUCAGCAGCCUGUCGGACCCCCGGCGCAGGUUUUGGAGAUGGGAACUGUCAUGCAUUCUUGCGAAGGCGAGAUGGUUUGCGAAUCGAUCAACCCCAAGAUUCCCUACUUCAACGCCCCCAUCUACCUCGAGAACAAAACCCCUAUCGGUAAGGUCGAUGAGGUUCUUGGCCCCAUCAACCAGGUCUACUUCACCGUGAAGCCUCAGGAAGGCAUUGUCGCGACUUCGUUCAAGGCUGGUGACAAGGUCUACAUCGGCGGCGACAAGCUUCUUCCUUUGGAGAAGUUCCUUCCCAAGCCCAAGCCCCCACCGGGUAUGAUUCCGAACAUAUAUGUGCAUGAACAGAUCAUUGAUACUAAUACCCUUCACAGGAGCUGCCAAGCCCAAGAGAGCCGGCGGUGCUGGUCGUGGUGGUGCUGGUGGACGCGGUGGCCGUGGUGGCUUCGCUCCCAGAGGCCGUGGUGGUCCUCGUGGUGGUGGUCGCGGUGGCUUCUCCAGAGGUGGCGGUGGUGGUGGUUUCGGUGGUGGUCGCGGUGGUGGCCGUGGUGGUUUCUCCAGAGGCGGCGGUGGCGGUGGUUUCGGCGGUGGUCGUGGUGGUUUCUCUCGGGGAGGUGGCAGCGGUGGGUUCCGACGAUAGACAGUGUCUGUCUGACCUAAAGUACUGUCUUAUUACGGCGUUAUGGGAAAACGGGAGCUUCUUGCAGGAAUUUAUUUGUCUCGAUAUUCUUGUGCAUUCUCGGAAAAUUGCUGCUUCUCGAAGUGCAGAGGCUGUGAGCACAAUGCAGCCAUUAGACCCAUGUAUUGCAAUGAUUAUACCUGUU